GUCCGCCCGUCCGCCACUAUGACGGCGCUAACGCGAGCGCUGCCGUGUUCCAUGACGGCCCUAGCUACUCACACGGUUCGGAGGGCAGUUUCAGCGCCGCGACCCUUCCCCGGUUGUGCGCAGCUAGUCGGUUUCACAGCGCAGAGCGGGCUGACGGCGCCGCUUCUGACCGGCGAGGUGGACAGGUUUGGCGGCGUGACCGUACGAGAUUUCCCCGCCAAUGUCAGCGAGGCUGCGUCAGCAGUAUUCUCCGAGCUUGCUGUUGGUUUCGCACGUGACAGACUCCCUCUCUCGGUGGCGCUCCGAGGGGAGGACGGCCGCGUGGCUGCACGUGCCCCUGUCCCUGUCCCGGUUGGCGGCCGCAGCGGCGGUGCACGGCUUCGCGUUUCAUCAUGCGCGCAGGGACGCGGCCGUGCUCAGCCUGUGGCUGGGGCCCGGGGAAAGCCGCCUCCCCGGCUACGCCACGCACCAGGUGCUGUUGUGAAUGAAUCCAACCGAAAAGUCCUUGUUGUGCAAGACAGGAACAAGACUGAGAACGUAUGGAAGUUUCCUGGUGGCUUGUCAGACCCUGGGGAAGACAUUGGUGCUACGGCCAUUCGAGAAGUCUUUGAGGAAACAGGUGUGCAGUCAGAAUUCCGAUCGCUCCUGUGCAUCCGCCAGCAGCACAACCACCCUGGAGCAUUCGGAAUGUCGGACAUGUACCUGAUCUGCCGUCUCAGUCCACUAACGUACGACGUCAGCGUCUGCCCGCAUGAAUGUCUGCGAUGCGAUUGGCUAGGCGUGGCGGAGCUGGCAGAGAGGGUGGAUGCCACGCCCAUAACGCGGCGCGUGGCUUCUCUGCUGCGCUACGGCCUGGAGCAGGGGUUCAGCAGCGUGGAUCUGAGCAGGGAGGACAUGCCUGCGGUCUACACCGGCCUCAUCUAUCAGCUCUACCACAGGAAACUGCCCCCGGGGCAUUAAUCUAGGCGGUGCGGAAGUGUCCCAGGGGUUAGUUUCAUCCCUGUCCUUUUCUGUGCCAUUCUGUGCACAUGUACUGAAGGCAUAGAGUUUGGAAAGACGUCUUCUAUGUAAACAGUUUUUACAAUAAGCUGCUCUCAAAUAGAAAGUCAAUAAUUAUGAGAUAAAGCAUUUGCCUUAAAUACCAUUUUUAGUGUAAAUAUAGUAUUUACAAUAAAAUAAAUGGAUGUUGUGUAGUAUAUUGAUAUAAAUGUUAUGGACGGCUGAUUGAAACAGUAAAAAUAUCUGCAAAUUUUUUUAUAGAA